GGAACAUCGUUACACAUGUUAACCUGCCCCCGUCUCUGGCAGGGCAUCACAAGAAAACUAAGCACAGCCAACAGAUUAGCUGUGAUGAUGAGCAGUGAUAGGACAGGGCCAUCAGAUACUAAAAAAAGCUUUGAGGAAAAAUACUUUGACUAUGCUGCAAAUGGAAAUGUGGAAGAACUAAAAUUCCUUUUACAAGCUACUUUCAACUCUGAUCAUCGUAAUGACAAAGGGUGGACAGCAUUGAUGUUUGCUGCUCGUAACGGACAAGAGUCUGUGAUUGAAGCAUUGCUACAAAAAGGGUGUGAUGUGAAUUUGGUGAACAAGACUGGACAGACUGCUCAAGAUAUAGCUGUUUUUUGGGACCAAAAGAACGCUGCUGAUAUGCUUACCAAUUUUAUUAAAAAGGAAAAUCCCGAUAAACAAUUACGUAACUACUUCUCUCUGAAUAAUUUGGAUCGCAAGGCAGAGAACAGGAAGGAUAAUGUCUGGCUCGAUAACAAAUUAAAGGAAGAUAGCACCAGAUUUAUUGUCUUUUCAGACCUGAAACCUCUUGUUGUCAAUAAUGGUGAUUCUACAAAGAGAUACAAGUUUACACUGGUCCGUCUGCCUUACAGCGAUGUGGAAUUUGUGGUAAGCACCAAUCCUCUGCUUGUUUUCCUUGGAGUAGAUAAUUGUUCUGAAGAGAAGGGUACUGCACAAAGUCAGGCAUUAUUUGCUCUGGAUGUAACCAACACAGAUGAUUCUAAAGUCAAAAACCUAGUCAACGAAUCAGAAUUCAUCCCAGGUUAUCCUGCAUCAAUGCAGUUGGAGCCGAGCGAUGCCGGAAUUUUUGCAGAGGCUCGCUCUAUGUUGGACUGGUUGGACCGGUACAAAUUCUGUGCUACAUGUGGCAGUCCCACUACAGUAGCAGAGGGGGGUUACAAACGCAUCUGUGACAACAAAUCUUGCCGCUCAAACAAAGGUAUCCAUAAUACAUGCUAUCCUCGUACUGACCCAUCUGUGAUAAUGCUGGUUGUCUCCCCUGAUAAGAAAAGAUGCCUGCUGGGAAGGAAGAAGCAGUUUCCAGCCAAGAUGUUCUCCUGCCUUGCCGGAUUUAUGGAACCAGGUGAGACUGUUGAGGAUACUUGUCGACGAGAGGUUUUUGAGGAGAGUGGUGUGCGAGUUGGUCGAGUUGACUAUCACUCAUCACAGCCGUGGCCUUUCCCUUGUUCCCUGAUGCUGGGCUGUAUAGCUCAUGCUAUAUCUGAAGACAUCAAGGUUGAUAAUGAUGAGAUGGAAGAUGUGCAGUGGUUCCGUCGCUCGGAGUUAGUCCAAAUGCUUACAAGGCAGCAUCCUCAAGGACUUUUUGUUCCCCCGGAUCAAGCAAUUGCACACCAGGUCAUCAAAGCCUGGGUGAGGAUGACUGCCAAUCUAUGAUACUGUACAUUCCUUGUGACACAAGGUGCUUUAAAUUUACAUAAAUGGAACUAAUAGGUUUGUUUGACAGCCAGCAAAUUUACUCUCUCAGGAUUUUGUAAGAAGUCCAUAGGGAAUGGUAAUUUUCUUAAAUUGUGGAUGUUAGAAUAAAGUUGAAAGGAAAUAUCAUUUUCAGUCCUCUAUGUUCAGAUGAAGAUGGGUUUGAAAUCUGGAAAUUCUUGUUAUGGUUAAUCUUUAGAAGCAUAUGAUGUCCUGUUCAAUUUUGAGGCCUCAUCAAAAAUAUAACGACUGACAGGCAGUAAAUAUGUAGUACCUGCAUAACCAAUUAUGUAGAAGGAAAAUGAGAAUUUUGGCAGAACCAAUCAAAAUCAAGUUAUGCAGAGCAUCAGUAUUCCUCAGGGAUAAGAAUUUGAAUAUGUAAUUUUGAUUGACGAGAGAGAGCAGAAAGAGUAAUGUAUUGGAUGAUUGAAAAAUCACGUAAAUCUGUAUGUGGGUUGAUUUUUAAGCUGUCAUGUGACUUUCAAGGAAUUCUCACACAUUACACAGAUAUUUCAUUAUGUAUACAAUUCCAUUGUUCGAUACUGUGAUAAUUAUACAGGCUGAUGGGAUAAAUCAGUGUUCUGCCAAUGUGAUUGUAACCUGUAUGUUUUUUACGUUUCUGGAGAAUCACUUGCUCUCAUUUUCUAUGCAAUCUAGCCAUUUUUACAUAUUUGUCUUAAAAUUGAUUAUAAAUCUGUGAUGACAUUGAAUUAAUGAAGUAUAUUUUUAUUUAAAAUUAAUUUUGUACGUUUGAAA